CCAACGCCCAGCAGACAGACGCAGGCAGCCAGCAGCCAGCCAUAGAGAGAGAGAGGGGGGGAGAGGAGAGGGGGAGGAGGGGCAGCCGGGGCAGGAGAGAGGAGUCCACGUGAGUGAGCGAGAGGGGAGGAGAGAGAGAGAGAUCUCCCCCCUCCGCCUCCCUCGCCGUCUCCGGCGCCCGCCCAAUUCGCCAUGGAUCCCCCGCGCGGAGGUGCAAUAAUUGAUCCUGCUAAAUGUCGACUGAUGAGUGUGGAUGAAAAGCGAGAGCUCGUUCGUGAGUUAUCAAGGAGCCCAGAAAGUGCCCCUGACAAGCUCCAGGCAUGGAGCCGGCGGGAAAUAGUAGAAAUUCUUUGUUCUGAUCUUGGAAGGGAGAGGAAAUACACUGGUUUAUCCAAGCAGCGGAUGCUAGAUUAUCUCUUCAGGGUGGUGACUGGAAAAUCGUCUGGACCAGUGGAGCAUGUGCAAGAGAAAGAGAAAGAGUCAAUUCCAGAGCCCAACACAAUUAACCAUCAGUCCCCUGCGAAACGACCAAGAAAGAGUGACAAUCCAUCACGACUACCAAUUAUUGCAAACAACUCUGGGGCAUCUGAUGUAACUGCUCCAACUAAUAAUCAGCGCUAUUGCCAAAAUGUAGCUUGCAGGGCUAUUCUUAGGGACAAGUUUUGCAGACGAUGUUCAUGCUGCAUUUGUUUCAGUUAUGAUGACAACAAGGACCCAAGCCUCUGGUUAUUCUGCGGUUCAGACCAACCCUCGCAAAAGGAUUCCUGUGGUUUCUCAUGCCAUCUUGAAUGUGCUCUCAAGGAUGAAAGAACAGGCAUUCUGCAGAGUGGGCAAUGCAAGAAACUCGAUGGUGGUUAUUAUUGCACUCGCUGUUGGAAACAGAAUGAUUUGCUCGGGUCCUGGAAGAAACAACUGGUGAUAGCAAAAGAUGCUCGGCGGUUGGAUGUAUUGUGUCAUCGGAUUUUUCUCAGUCAUAAGAUCCUCAUCUCCACUGAAAAGUACUUGGUAUUACACGAGAUUGUUGACACAGCAUUGAAGAAACUGGAGGCCGAGGUCGGUCCUUUAUCUGGAGCUCCAAACAUGGGUCGUGGAAUUGUCAGCCGACUUACUGUUGGUCCUGAAGUUCAGAAGCUUUGUGCUCAAGCAAUAGAUGCUAUGGAGUCAAUGUUCUCUGAUGCAGCUCCUGCUAACUCAAGAAUUCAGCGACCUAGUAUGGUACCACCAAACUUCAUAAAGUUUGAAGCUAUAACCCAAACAUCUGUCACAAUAUUUUUGGAUUUGGAUCAAUGUCCUAUGCUUGCCCAGGAGGCAACUUCCUUCAAUCUAUGGCACCGAGUGGCUGUUACUGAAUCCUACCUGUCUAAUCCGAGUGGCAUAAUACUUGCACCAUCGAAAAAGUUACCUGUCACUGAGCUUGCACCGGCUACAAGCUAUAUCUUUAAGGUUGUUGCUUUCAAGAAUUCAAUUGAGUUGGGGUCAUGGGAAGUUAGAAUGAAGACAUGCUGUCAGAAGGAACAUCCAAGGGGUUCAGUGCCAGGUGGUGCUGGACUAGAACAAAAUAAUGGGAGCCUGAAGACAAACAGUGAUGGUCAGUCUGAUCCUUCCUCAGAGGGUGUGGACUCAAACAAUAAUACUGCUGUAUAUGCUGAUCUAAACAAAUCCCCUGAAAGUGACUUUGAAUAUUGUGAAAAUCCUGAGAUCCUUGAUUCAGAUAAAGCAUCUCAUCACCCCAGUGAACAAAUGAAUAACUUGCAAAAUAUACAGAUGGCUGCAGCUAGGGCAACUGAAGUCACUGAGCUGGAAGAAGCUCCUGGGCUCUCAGCUUCUGCCUUGGAUGAGGAACCCAAUCCUUGUGUUCAAACAGGGCUGCUCAGAGAGUCCUCAAAUUCAGUAGAGCACAAUCAAAGAACCAUUCCUAGAUCACAGGACACAUCAAAUGCACCAGAUGGAAAUGAGUUGGUGAUUAUUGCACCUAGAUACUCUUGCUCUGUGCCGCCCACUGCACCAAAAGCUAUGGAGAAUGGCAAUGAGAAUGGUGGAAGGAGCUUCAAACCCAAACCUUGUGAUAAAAUUGUUCAGAAUGGCUAUUCAAAGCCUGAGAGGGAACCUGGCAAUUCGUCAAAUAAAAGAACAUCAGGUAAAUUGGAUGACAUUGGCCACAAGGAUUGUUGCUCGGAAGCAUCUUAUGAAUACUGUGUAAGGGUGGUUAGGUGGCUGGAGUGCGAGGGCUAUAUUGAGACAAACUUCAGGGUGAAGUUUCUGACAUGGUUUAGCUUGCGCGCCACCCCACAUGAGAGGAAGAUUGUUAGUGUCUACGUGGAUACUCUUAUUGAGGACCCUGUCCACCUUUCUGGCCAGCUUGUGGACAGCUUCUCAGAGACAAUAUACAGCAAAAAGCGGUCUUCCAUGCCUUCAGGUUUCUGCAUGGAUCUGUGGCAUUAAGGAACUGGGAGCUCUUAACAUUUGCUUUGUAGGGAGCGUAUUUGGUCCCAUUCUUUUGUAGCAGAUCGUUGCAUUGAUUCUUCAUUGGGAAUUUCAUUGAAGUAGUUGACUUGUACAAUCUUCAUUGAAACUUCCUAGUUCCUUCGAUGACAGUAGGUUUAUUUUAUCGGGCAACUUCUUUUCUUUUUCCGUUUUUUACUUUUGCCUCCAUAGGUUACAGUGCUAUCAUCUGUACUGCCCAUGUUAUUCUUAGAGCAUCAUGGGCUGCGUCAUGAAUUUUGUGGCGUGUAGCUGCUCGAAGAAGGAUGAUUGUCAGGCUGGAUCAGGAAUGCACCUGUCUCUGGGAUGAAGCAGGCUUCGUAUGGGUGUCGACGAAUCCGAGCUAACCAUGUCUUGUCAGUAGUAGAAUGAUUGCGCUGUAUCAUGGGGAAAUCGCAGUAUGUUGCUGACUCUUGUGGGAAUGGGAGGAAUGAUGCUUAAGAUGCAGAACGUCUGCCUAAAUGUUAUGUUUGACUCAUGCUUCUCUA